AGCAAGGACCAAAACCUAAGCCAGGUGGUUUUGUCCCCAAAAGACAGGAGAGUGAAAAUCGAUACACCUGUGUUUGAACUCAUUGGACAGUCCUUUUGCAGGUACCAUGAACAUCCAGGAAUAUUUCACCAGAAUUUCUUACAAAGGUCCCUGUGAAAACCUGGACUUGGAGACGUUAACUGCAAUCCUCCAGCACCACAUCCGGGCUGUUCCCUUCGAGAACCUCAGCAUCCACAGCGGGGACACCGUUGAGCUGGAGUUGGAACAAGUGUACGACAAAAUAGUGAAGAGGAAUCGUGGUGGCUGGUGCCUAGAAAAUAAUCAGCUGUUAUCCUGGGUUUUGAAAACACUGGGCUAUAAUCUCACUCUUUUGGGAGCAAAAGUGUUCAGCCCAGAAAAUAAUGCAUAUGCCGAUGAAAAUAAUCAUCUUCUUCUCAAAGUGGUCCUGGAUGGGAAAUCCUAUAUUGUGGAUGGAGGCUUUGGCAUGGUCUAUCAAAUGUGGGAGCCCAUGGAGCUGAUUUCUGGGAAAGACCAGCCUCAGACUCCUGGCAUCUUUCAAUUCCUGGAAGAAAAGGGGACCUGGUAUCUGGAGAAGAGCAAAAGGAAGGCAUACAUUCCCAACCACAGUGACGCUAAGCCUGACCCUCUGCAAGCAAGUGACUGUAGGAAGAUUUAUACUUUUACCCUUGAACCACGAGAAAUAGAAGAUUUCAGGGCUCAAUGUGCGUAUCUCCAGACAUCCCCCAAUUCUAUUUUUGUAACAAAGUCCAUCUGCAGCCUCCAGACCACUGACGGGAUCCGGGCAUUAAUUGGGUGGAAAUACACUGAGAUAAAGUUCAAUUUCAAGGAGAACAUGGACCUGGUAGAAACCACAGUUCUUCCUGAUGAAGAGGUGGAGAAGACACUAAAAGUUAAAUUCAAUAUAACUCUAGAUAAGAAACUUCAACCAGUGAAUGCAGGAGGCAGGUCGUCUAUGUUUUAGUCUUGACCAGAAUAUAGUCCUAUGCUGGAAUAUCAAAUAGACUCUCUCUUAGCAUUCAAUGAAUUGGAAAAAAGAACACCUGGAUUGCUGCUUUUUACCUUGCAUAUGGUAGAGGGUAGCAUAUAGCAUAUGUAGGGUGACCAUACUUCCCAGUUUGGCCGGGACAGUCCCUGAUUUCAUAAGCUGUCCCAGCCAGUUGGUUAAAAUUGAAGCAAAAGUCCCAUGUUGGAUGGAGCAGGGUGGGCUGUGGGAGGGGACUGGGGCUUGGGCACCUGCAUGGGGCAAGCCAGGAUGGCUGCCCCUUGCACUCUGCUACUGCGACCACUGCCAAGGCCUGGGCUGCACGUGGUGUAGCUGCUGGUGGUAGGGAGGAGGUGCCGUGUGGCGGUGAGGGCUGGUGGAGCCCAGGGGGUGCCUAAGAGGGGCCACUUCCAGCCUCUGCAUGGUGGGGAUGGAGCCAGGAUGUGGGACUCUGCACUAUAUCGCCUUGCCCUGCCCCAGCAUCAGGGCUCCUGGGAGCCGGGGGGGGGGGAUGGACACAGACCCUCUCCCAGAUUUCCUUCAUAUUAAUAUGGUCACCCUAAGCAUAUGGCACUGUGAUUUGCAGACCUGUACUCCCCUCUCUUCUCUUCCUCUUACUCCAAAUAUGAAUCCUCUCUUCCAGAUCUCUACCAGUAAUAGAUCACUUUUCACUCAGGUCAGGGUCUGCUGCUCUGGCUUGCACAAUGGGAACUGCAAGCAAGUUGAUCCCCCUUCUCUGCUCUGCUUUGCACAGAGUUGUCCCCUGCCUAUGCACAAUGCUAAGGUGCAGGGUCUAUGCAAACACUCCUCUCAUUUUUCCUUGCCAUUUGCCUCUUGGGGCAUAACGUAUGUACGCCCUAAAGGAGUGCUACAUUUCUGUUUAAAUAUAAUAGCUGGAGAACCAAGGGCAUUCUGAGAUUCGGUUGCAGCAGUCUGUCCUGUUUUGCACAUGCAUAAGGAUCAGGUUGCUCUUUCCAUAAACACAAAACACCUCACUUGGGACACACUGUUGGAAGUAUUUACAUGCUGAUGACAUGCAACUAUGAGAUGGCCAUGAUUACCACAACUUGAAUUGGUGAGGGAAGUUUCUAUUCUGCUUCUGGCUCCUCAUGCAACCUCUGGGCUUUUGAGGAUGUAGCCAUGAAGGGGUGCCUCUGAGAAAAUCUUUGCAUCCAGAGGUAUGGCUCAUAUAUUUUUGCAACGGCUCUUAUAGAUCUCCAUCUCCUCGCUAUAUUACUCAUGCUCUGCAUGUCAUUGGACUAUAACAAAUCUCUCUCCUGACUCCAAAUCGGGCAACUGGUCUGGAUUGCAUGAGCAGGACUCACAGGCCAGGCACCUGACAGGCAGUAACAUAAAUAGGAUGAGGUGCUGAUUUAGAGGGAUGCAAGAAUAGUGGCCCCUGGGGGGAGGGAGGAGGGCAUCCAGUGUUUGGUUGAGCCUACGCCACAGCAGCAAACAGAGUCUUUGUGAUCCCACAGUCUGCUAAUUGUCAGGUAAGACCAGCGAUUCUCAAACGGGGUCCCACAAGAUCCUUUUAAGGGCAAAGUGCAAUGUCUGUACUGUUAGGUAUGCAAACACCUACAUGAGAGGCAAGGAUUUUGGGGGGUGAUCUCUUUUAUUGAACCCACUGCAUGGAUGGGGGUAGACCUUUGAAAGCUUGCCUAAGUCUAUCCCAACUAUGCACAGGGUUCAAUAAUAGAUAUCAACCACUCCCUCAAAUCCUAGCCUCUUGCUUAAUUCCUGGAUUACUGUGGCUACAACAUCACUCCAUCACUACAAAUACGUGCACACGGUUCACAAGAUAAAACCCAAGGAUUUCAAAUAGGAAUCCAUAGUGUCGAAAACAUUCUGCCCUGCUGUGGUCUUUCUGAGCUCUUUGAGACAGAAGAAUUGUUGUAUUAUUUUUCUUUAGUCAAUAAAUAGGUGAAAGCCAAGAGCUGGCAUUUUCCAAAGGGUGCUUUGAGUCUACCAAAGUAGAGAACUACUGGGUAGGACUCUCUGGCGCUUGCCCCCUUCCUCAUAACAAGAACUGCACAUAGUAUUGUAAGUGGGGUUUUACCAAUGCUCUGACAGUGGGACUAGCACUUCCCUGUCUUUACUAAGAACAUCCUACCUAAUACAUCUUAGAAUUGCACUCACUUUUUUUUCAAAGCCUUAUCAUACGGGAAGCCAAUGUUCAUCUACCACACCUUGGUCCCUCUCUUUGCCUGGUGCCUUGACUCUAUAAGCCCCUAUCCUACAACAAAAGUUUUACAGUAAUGAUGUCCUUAGACCAACACGGCUACAACCUACACCCCUGUUACAGUAAUGAUAGAACUUUUCACUUUGUACUACUGAAUAUUAUACUAUUCCUCUUGUUUGGAUGCACAACAUUAUCUAAUUUCUCCUGUAGACUAAUUUGAUCCUGCUGCAGAUUAGUAAUACCUCUAAUACCUCCCCCUGGCUUUGAAUCUUUGAAGCCCAAACCCUUUAAACAUUGGCACUGUGUAAAAAGAAAAUCUGGUGUACAGGAUCAUUUUAAAUGAAUGAGUGAAUUUUUAAUUUUUUCAUAUUCCUGAAGAAUUUUCUUGGCAUUAUUAUUUAAUUGUCCACAAAUAGUCUAUGCAUACUUGUCUUUUAAAUAAAAUAUCUGGCUGGUCCA